CACACAGUCGGUUGUCGGUCGUAUUGGGGAAAAGCAAGGCUUUUUUUUAGUGUGUUUAGGCUUUUUUUUUGCAUCAAAACGAAGCGUCAUCUAUUGUGGUUCUAAAACAAAAAAGUGUUUCUGUUAACUUUUAUACAUUUUGCUUUUACAUUAUCUGUUGUUGCGUUUGUUGUAUAGCAUUAUUAUCAAGAUGCCUGUUCCCUGCGAAAAACGAACCGAAAUGCAGGCGCCAGAGUUCAAGGACUUUGCGAAGGAGAUGGUCGAUUACAUCUCCAACUAUCUCGAGAACAUCCGUGAAAGACGUGUUUUACCAACCGUACAGCCGGGCUAUCUGCGGCCGCUCAUCCCCGAUGAAGCGCCGCAGCAGCCGGAAAAGUGGGAAGAUGUGAUGGCCGACGUCGAGCGGGUUAUUAUGCCGGGCGUUACGCACUGGCACAGCCCGAAGUUCCACGCGUACUUCCCCACGGCCAACUCUUAUCCGGCGAUCGUGGCUGAUAUGUUGAGCGGUGCCAUCGCUUGUAUUGGUUUUACUUGGAUUGCUAGUCCCGCUUGUACAGAGCUAGAAGUGGUAAUGCUGGAUUGGCUGGGCAAGAUGUUGGACCUUCCGAAUGAGUUCCUGGCGUGUUCCGGUGGACAGGGUGGUGGUGUUAUCCAAGGUACCGCCAGUGAGGCCACUCUUGUUGCCCUGCUCGGUGCUAAGGCGAAGGCAAUGAAGCGUGCCAAGGAGGAACAUCCCGAAUGGGACGAUCAUACCAUCGUGUCAAAGCUGGUCGGAUACACAUCCAAUCAAUCGCACUCCUCGGUGGAGCGUGCCGGUUUGCUCGGAGGCGUGAAGCUGCGUGGCCUGAAAGCGGACGAUAACCUAAAGCUGCGCGGUGAAACGCUCGAAAAAGCCAUCAAGGAAGAUCUCGAAGCGGGACUGAUUCCGUUCUACGUGGUGGCCACGCUCGGCACGACCAACACCUGCGCAUUCGAUCGACUUGAUGAGAUCGGCCCGGUCGCCAAUCGGUACAACGUCUGGGUGCACGUUGAUGCAGCCUAUGCCGGAUCGGCCUUCAUAUGUCCAGAGUAUCGCUACCUGAUGAAGGGUAUCGAGACGGCCGAUUCGUUCAACUUCAACCCGCACAAGUGGAUGCUGGUGAACUUUGACUGCAGCGCCAUGUGGCUGAAGGAGCCGUACUGGAUUGUGAACGCGUUCAAUGUGGAUCCGCUCUACCUGAAGCACGACAUGCAGGGUUCCGCACCGGACUACCGCCACUGGCAGAUUCCGCUCGGUCGUCGCUUCCGUGCGCUCAAGCUGUGGUUCGUGCUGCGGCUGUACGGUGUGGACAAUCUGCAGGCCCACAUCCGGCGUCACUGCGGGUUCGCGAAGCAGUUCGAAGCGCUGUGCUGUGCGGAUGACCGUUUCGAGAUUUUCGGCGAGGUGCAGAUGGGUCUCGUGUGCUUCAAGCUGAAGGGCUCGAACGAGCUGAACGAGGCACUGCUCAAGCGCAUCAACGGUCGCGGUAACAUUCAUCUGGUUCCGUCCAAGGUGAACGAUGUGUACUUCCUGCGUAUGGCGGUGUGUUCGCGCUUCACCGAGACGUCCGACAUCGACUACUCGUGGAAGGAGGUGUCGGCGGCCGCUGAUGAGCUGCUGGCCGAACAGAAGAAGUAAACAGCGCGCUUCGAGCUAGAAGCUGAUCGCGCCUGUCCUCAUCCUCCUGUGCAAGAAUCGCAACCCUCGUUUCCUCCUCUCCUCGUUAAGUUUUUAACUAAUAUGAACGUUUAAUUUAUUUAUCAAACGAACAAAACAAACAUGAACACAUCCCGUACAACAAGUAUUACAGGGACCAGGGUGUACGGGAAGCGCUGGUGGUUCGACUACCACCUCGGGACUCAUUCGCGUGGCAAUCAAACACAAAUACCAGGCAAUAAUGAUAACGAAAACAAUAAAUACGAUACAAUGAACAAGUUAGUGAUGUUCUAUGCUUAUGAAUACCUUGCGACCGUAUUGAUGUUCGAUGUUAUACUGUUCUAACCGUUGAGCAGAUAAUAAAGUUUAAGGCAUACCAU